AUGGACUUCGAGCCUUUGACUCCAAACCCGGUCACGCCAGAACAGCCAGAUAACGUCAACCAACAACAUGGGUCAUUUGCCAUGCUCAAGAACCGUCGUUAUUGCGAUGACUGUUCCAAGCCUAUAGACAAGGUCUUGGUAACCUUGAAGCAUUGGCAUAAAGAGCACGGCACUCCGGAACAAGAGAAACCACCAGCCUAG